UCUUGAUGAUGAUGACGACCACGACGACAAGGAUAGUCGCGAUAUCGUUCACCGCCAGCGUUCGCGUAUUAUGCCAACUUCGAACUCCGCAAAGAAAGCGAGAACCGACGAUGUUGCGUAACGCAUCAUUCGCAGGGGAAAAGAAGGAUCAGCACGAUCAGUCGUGCGAUUUAACGGCACGCGAAAUCGGACGCGAAUCUACGGUGGACGUCGUAGACGAAUACGUCCGGUCCACAAUUCAGCUUCACAGCGUGAGGUUCUUGGGACAAUAAAUGAUGAAUCAUAGCAUUACGCAUCACGCACACGCGUUACAUCGCGUAGACUGUCCGUGCGUGCAAAAAUAUUCUCGAGUCUCGAUUACGCGGCUUUGAGCGCGUUUCAAUCAGAGUGCAACGGCCGCUCGACUAGAAAUCGCGGAACCGUCAACAGCGCAAUAGAAUGAUUGUCAAUCAAUUCGAUGCAACAGUUGAGAUUAACAGAAAUGACGACACCUUCUCUCCGGGCGACGCGCUAACUUGCAAUCGGAACGAUAACUAUUCAGGGUUGGUGUCGCGUAGAAAUGCUCAACAACAGCCUCAACAUUUCAAAUUUCAUAACAAAAGGAUCAUUAUUGAUUUUAAUAAUGGUACCAUCACGAUCAAUAAACAGCUAUCCGCAUCGAACACCAAACAAAUGGAGAGGAUAGUCGGUGGAAGUUACGCGAACGACGGUCAAUUUCCGUUCAUGGCCGUGGUGCAUCGGUUGAUCGAUGGUAAGAGAGUUGCUCAGUGCGGCGGUACCAUCAUUUCGAAAAGAUGGGUGCUGACCGCAGGGCAUUGCAUCGCCAAGUACCCACAAAGAUUUUUCGUGAUAUUUGGAAUCAUUGAUAAGACCGGGAUCGGUUACAACGUAAAUCGGGGAUCUGGAGUCUCGAUGAUGACGACACAGGCUCACGUACAUCCAUACUAUUUCUUCAACAAGAACGAUAUCGGAUUGUUACACUUGCCACAAGACAUUCCUUUUUCAGAAAAAAUUCAACCGAUACAUCUGGCUGGUCUGAAGGAUGGUAAAGUUAUGGCUGAUACGAUGGCCUAUGUCGUUGGAUGGGGUCGCGAUGGAUACGGUCGCAAAGGAACCAAGAAACUUAUGUAUGCUCUAAUGCCGUUAAUUUCAAAACGGGAGUGUGUCUCGUACUGGAGAGUGGAUUACAGAAAUAUAUGCACGAAACCAGGACUUGGGAAAAACGCGUGUCAGGGUGAUAGUGGAGGUCCUCUUUUUGUAAUAAAGGAUGAUCAACCGCUACAAAUUGGUAUCGUUAGCUACGGAGACGCAAAUUGUCCAAGCGAUAGACCAGGAGUGUAUACUAGAGUAGCAGCAUUUGCAAAUUGGAUUCAACGUGUCACUGGAAUGCAAUUCGAAUAAAUAACAUUGUGAAGA